AUGGAGAAAAUCUUCAGAGUCUUGGAGUGCACCGACCACCAAAAGGUCACUUGCGCCACAUUCAUGCUGCAGGGAGAAGCUAAUAUGUGGUGGAAGACUUUUAGGAAGAUACUGGAAGCCCAAGAUCCAGUAAUUACAUGGGCAAAAUUCUUAGAGGCCUUAUACGAGAACUUCUUCCCUGAAAGCCUCAGGGAGAGAAAGGAGGUGGAGUUUUUAUAUUUGACACAGGGAUCAGAUUCAGUGAUGGCCUACAAAAAGAAAUUUGAGGAAUUGGCUUGGUUUGCACUUGCACACAUUGAUACUGAUGCUAAGAAGGCUAAGAAAUUUUUGAGAGGUUUGAAUCCCCAAUUGAAGGGAUCAAUCGUAGUAUUGAAGCUAAGAUCAUAUGCUGAGGUGCUAGAGCGAGCACUAUUAUUGGAGGAUAGUCAGAGGGGUACUAUACAGGGCAACUCGAGUAAGGUACAGGGAAAGAGGCCUAUUGACAGUCAGCACUCUAGGGAUGAUAGACCCCAGAGGCAUCAGAGGACUCACUAUGAGCAGACCACACAGACUCCUUGUCGUACCUGUGGUAAGCAUCACAGUGGACAGUGUAGGCAGAAUUCUGAUAAUUGCUAUAGAUGUGGAGGAUGA